AUGGUGACUCGUGGAGAAGAAACUAAGUUAAGUUGCAGUUUUGCACCCAGAGAGCCCCCUGUGAAAGGGGCAGUGUCAUGGCUUCGGGUAGAAUCCAGGGACAACGUCAGCUCUACCCAAGUCAUCAGUCUAAAAGGACGUUUCUCCCUGUCAUUCCCAAAGACGUUCCUCAGUGAAGGUGACGGAUCCUUAAUUAUCAGUAACGUGAGCUGGGAAGAUGGAGGCAUCUACAUCUGUAAGGUCCUAAUAUGGGAGAAAGAGCAAGAACAAGGAAACGGCACUCAACUGAUUGUGUACGCUCACCCUUCACACCCAGAGAUUUACCUGCAGGUGGCAACACAGACUGAACCGGAGCUGACCUUGGCAUGCAAGACAUCUGGGUAUUAUCCCCCGCCAGUCCAUAUUAGCUGGUAUAGUCGAGAGACGGCAUUACCAGCAUCUGAAGUACUGGAGAUUUGGGAGCCAGAGCAUGGUGUCUUCCACUGUACCCGUAACCUGAUUUUGCCCAGUAGCUUAAGGGCCAAUGUCAUUAACUUCAUGUGCAGCGUCCAACAUGUCUCCCUGUCUGAACCUCUGAGGAUCAACUAUACCUACAGCCCCAUAGAAUCAAGACUGACUGGAUACCAACUGGUUGAAUAUCUCAAUAUCAUGAAACUAUCUCUUCUGAUUGGUCUUACUCUAAGCAUGUUCUUUACAGAUACAUUUUUUUGGAUCCAGCCUCUCCGCGUCAUGCGACCAUCACUGCAACAGGAUUUCCUGAUUUCCAUAAACAGAGCUAGCUCGCUAGACGCUGCUGAUUGUUUAAAUAACAAUGACGCUUUGUGUGCCAAGCAAGCAUUUAGUUGA